AUGGCGCCGCUCCUGUUACUACUGCUGUGGCUACUGCCGGCCGCCGCCUUUUACCUGUGCUGCGUACGACGGCACACAGGCAGUGCGGGGGCUACGCUGUGUCGUCGGGAGCCGGGCCGGGCUGAGAAGAGGGGCUACAACCCACCGAAGGAACCCUGGGCACCACGGCUGUGCGGCUCUGGGCUGCGGCUGUUCGUCCAUGUGGCCAACACGGCUUUUGGACAGGUCUGCUUACUGCCAUUCUUAAUGAGGCUGAACAACUUCUUGCUUAUGCGUUCACUUGACAUUCAUGAAGAUCCCACAUUUAUCCCAGAGGUUGCUGCAGAGGGUAGAGAAGACAAGUCUGAAGCUAAAAACACUUCAAAUAUUAUAGAGCAGCUGCUGGAUGCAAGGUCUGAUUCUGUUGAAAACGGGUUUAGCUUCAAAGGGAUCAAAGACUAUUUGGACUGCUACCGGAGUGGGAAGCUGACACCAUCUCAAGUAGCAAAAAACAUCAUUGCCACACUGGAGGACUGUGACAAAUCCACACCCCCCCUCAGAGCAAUAGUGCAAUGGGACCGGGAGCAAAUAAUGCUGAUGGCUGAGGCCUCCACUGCUCGUUACAGGAAUAAAUGUACCCUGUCUUAUCUGGAUGGUAUCCCAGUGUGUCUGAAAGAAGAGUUCAAAGUGGUACCUUACCAUCACCGUGUGGGAACAGUCUAUCUUGGGACAAAGCCUGAAACAGAAGAUGCUACUGUGGCCAAGAAGCUGCGAGAGGCAGGGGCUAUCAUUAUUGGGGUCUCAAAUAUGCAUGAACUAGGGACUGGAACAACUGGAUGCAACCCUAAUAGAUACCACAAGAUCCCUAGGAAUCCUUACAAGCCUAACUGCUUCACAGGUGGGAGCUCCAGUGGGUCAGCAGCAGCUGUAGCAGCAGGUCUCUGCCCGGUGGCUAUUGGCACAGAUGGAGGCGGCUCUGUGAGGAUUCCUGCUUCGUUCUGUGGUGUGGUGGGACUGAAAGGUACGUUUGGGCGCAUCAGUGGUCAUGGCUGCUUGCCACUCUCCUACUCCACAGUCAGUGUAGGCCCUAUCUGUACUUCAGUGACAGAUGCAGCCAUUGUUUACAGUGUCCUUGCUGAGCCAGAUCCGCUCUAUCCAUAUGGACUGAACCAGCCCAAAGCAACCCUGACUGAUAUGUGUGCUCUUGACCUGAAAGGCUUAAAACUGGGAGUGGACUGGACAUAUUUUAAGGCAUGUGAUGCUGAAGUCGCGUCCAUCUGUGAGAAAGUUGUGUGGCACCUGCAGAGUUUGGGAGCUUGUGUGGUUGAAGUGUCUCUUCCAGAGAUGGAGGAAGUGCGAGUAGCACAUGCAACCUGCAUUCUCAGUGAGAUGAGGGACUUCCUGCAACCUGACUUCAAUAAACAUUUCCAUGAAAUGAACUUGGAGACUCGGGCUACCCUGGCCUUGGCUUCCCAGUUCUCAGCUCUGGAUUACAUUACGGCAAACCGACAGAGAACUCGGAGCAUGACGUUUUUGCGAGAGAUCUUCAGCACUGUGAACUGUAUCCUUACACCAGCUGUUCCUUCCACUGCCCCAAGAAUCUAUGAAUCUGACCUUGUGACUGGAAGCAGUGAUUUGGCCUUCACAGUCCAGUCCAUGAGGUUCAUGCAGCUUGGUAACUUCACUGGGAUUCCAGGCCUUGUGGUGCCAGUUGGAUAUUCUACUGCUGGGCUCCCUAUCAACUUCCAGGUCAUGGCAAAAUGGUGGGACGAAGCUGUUCUUCUGAGGGUCGGCCUGAAGCUAGAGCAGUUUCGUUAUCAGACCAAAAAGCCAUCCAUUUAUUAUGACAUCCUCGUAUAA